AUGGCAUUAUGCUCACGUGUGUUGAACAACAGCAAGAGAAGCUGUGAGUUUGACAAUGGAGCUUCCUGCUCCAAGCGCAGAAUGAUCUAUUCUGUGAAUCCUGCGUUGUAUUCAUCAUCGGAGAGCGAAGAUUCAGAAGACGAACAGUCAUGCUACAGAGCUGAACAAGCGAGGGCUAAAAGAAGAGCGUCGUCUAGAGUUUCGUUUUCAUUGAAUUCAGAGUUAUCGCGCGCGGUAUCGAAGUAUAGCGAUGACGAAUCUUCUGCAGGAGUUAAUGAAACUAAUGAAAAUAUUGACUGCAAAUUAUCGAGCUGUCAAGGCUCGAAGUUUUUACCUAUCUCAGAGGCUACUAGCUGUGCUGGAGCCAAGAAGAUAGUGUCUGACCUGGACAGGGAAUCGAGGUCUCGUUGCUUUGAAUAUUUGGUCGGAGCAAUUGACGAGGCUUGGGCUAGAUAUUGCAAUGCGACCACAUCUGUUGAAGAUGAAGUAUACGGAUAUGAUACACCUGUUUCGGUUGUGACUGAUGAUGACGAUUACUUUGACAAUUCGACUGACUUUACGGACUACGACUCAGAUUUUGGUUUAGCUGAUGGAAAAACGACUACAUCGACGUCCAAAGGUGCGGUAUCGUCAGGAAAAGCAUCCAUCGAUUCUAAAGACGAAUCUUCGCAUCAGUUACAAGCACUCAAGGAUCGUUUGACAAAAGCCAAAUACUUCUUGCAGGAUUUAGUUGAUUCAGAUGAUUUUAACGAAGUCACAUCAUUUUGGAAGCGUUGGGACAUGAUCAAAUAUGCCACCAUUGAAUUAGUUGAAGAUGAUGAUGAUGACGAAAUCGUUGAAUCAACUAUUGAGGAAUUAGAAGAGGGUAGAUUGUUUUUGAAAUAG